AGAGUCGUAAAAGAAUCAGAGAUGUACGUGACAGGGGAAAUGUUUUUGUGAUGUAAAUAAGGUCUGAAGUGCUUGCGGUUGAAACAUGUCAACAUUGGGAUGUGAAUAAAACAACAUCAUUGUCAGUCAAAUAAUAGUAGUGAUUCUACAAAUAUCUGAUUAUAUAGACUGAAGAAUUUGGAAAUUCAUCGACAUAAUUAAAUAAGGAUUUUUUAUGGCUUCAGACAAAGAAAAGGAAAAGAUUGUGACAAAUCAGCAAGAAAAUUUGCAGAUAAGUCACAACUACUAUGGAAAAAGCAGCACAUUACCAGUAACUGUAGACAUGACUGACCCUUCAAGUGAAGAUGAUGGUGUCUUGAGAGAAUGGGCACCAUUAGAAGAUUUGCUACAGCAGAUACCCUUGAAGGCACAACGUGGUUUGUUCACACAUGAGCUAAGCUUAACCUGUGUGGAUAUUUUGCCUGAAUACAUAGCAGUUGGAACUAAUCUUGGCUUAGUAUACUGGUAUGGUCGGCGUAACCGUGAUUUGCAGAGGUUACGCUGUGAGAACACAGCUGCUUCUGUCACAUGUGUGAAAGUAAUAUCAACAGUUGAUUAUAUGGUGGCAGCAGGUAAUGACCAGGGAAGUGUAACAGUAUUCCAGAUUCCAAAGAGCCCUCCAGAUAAUUUACCUGAAAGUAUGAAACCUAAAAGAAACAAACAAGUUGAGAGGUACACCAUUAGUGGUCUCCAUACAUCAGCUGUUACUGCCAUUGAGUGGAGUAUGAAUGGAAUGAAGCUUUUUAGUGGAGACAAAAAUGGUCUAGUUGUUCUAACAGAAAUAGAUUUUUACAUGCAUUUAAGCAAAUCAGUUGAACUACUGAAUGAGAAGUAUGAAAUCGUGCAGCUUAGCUACAGUCAGCAGCUAUUACUCGUUUCAACAUUGUAUCGCAGCAUCCUCUGCCACCGUGAUGACCGCUGGAAGGUGGUACAAGUUGGACAAAAAGAAAGAAAAAUGCUUGGUCAUCUAGGUGCAACAUUAUCUCCAGGUACCGGCAGACCUCAGGAUCUGAUCAUUUAUGCCAGUCGGCCGGGUCUUCGUAUUUGGCUUGCAGACAGAAAUGGUGUAGUCCAGCAGACACUCAUAUACAAGGAUGCACUUUCUGACCAUCACCCAGAAGUGCCACUUAUUAACCCUCUACCAGAACGUUUGAGGACUGUUCGUGGAGAUCCUCAGUUUGGGCCUGUCAGGCAGUUUCAUGGGAAUCUGCUUGUUACCUAUAGUCCUGACUCUAUAUACAUUCUCGAUCCAUCCAAUAUCUCUGUUGUCGGAACUGUGUCGGGCCUUCGGGGUGUACUUGAUGUGUCUGUUUCAAGAGAUGAGAUUUUUGUGCUAGAAGGUGGUCGAAGUUUGAUUCGUUUGGCAUAUGGACCUGAAGCGCCUCCAGCGCCAUCAGAAUUGCAAGGAUACAGACAGGAAAAUCAGCAGGAUCCCACAUUUAUGUCUAUACCUGUAUCACUGACAGACAACACUGUAACACUGACAUUGCGUGGAUUCACUUCAAAAUUCAAAGGAAGCACAAUUGUUCCGGCUAUACCAUUCAAUAAAUUUGGAUUAUUCAACAGAUUUGAUGGAAGUAAUGAGCCCAUUGAGCAUGAAGACAUUAACCCUAUUAUUACAGCAGACGAGGCCAUGGAACUUCCUCCCAUCAUUGCUAUGCCAGCUGAUGACUUGGUGGAACUUAAUGUGGAGAGAAAACCUUUACAUUCAGAAAGUUCAAAAAUUGACGAGAACAAAAUUUACAAGGAAUAUUUUAACAGGGCUCAGAGAGGAAGUCUGAACAAUCACAGAGGAUCAAAUGUUUCGUUAGACAGCUCAAGAGCUGAGAUACUUGAGAAAAUUGGGGAACAACAGUUUGAAGACAUCCUUUUCAAACCAAAACAUGGAAAGAACAAAUCAAGAAAAGUGGCCAAAAAUAAACACCUUUCAGGACUGGAAUCUGGAUCUGACUCUAUGAGCACAAGUACUAACAGCAUCCGUUCAGUUAACUCUGACAGUGAAGAGGCUGGUAGCAGCGAACAAGUUAGUGGCAGUACUGACUGCGCCAGUACACCAACCAGGUGUAUUGACCCUAGUUCCUCGGAAGAUACUCUUGUGAGACUCAGUGAUUGUGUUGUAAGUGAAAAGACAGAAGUUGUGAAUGUAAAUGGUUUGAUCUCUGACAGUAGCAGGAAACUUGGAGAAAUCACUUUAAGCCAUAGUUCAGAAGAGAAAGACUGCAUAAUACCUCACAUUAAGCCUGACUUGAGAAGUCCCGGUUCAAUAGAACGAGAUGUUGCAGAUAAAGAAAAGCGUCUUGCAAAAUUUCUUAACUUAGAUACUUUAUACAAAGAUGCUUCAGCUGAUCCAGAAGGUCCUGUAACAAAUGGUGAGCUUUCUGAGUGUGUGACAAAUGAAAACUCAAGCAAGGAUUUAGAAAGUCCUAAGCCACAAGAAGAUGCUUGCCAUGAUGUGAUUGCAGAUUAUAAGUGCCCUACAGAUUAUACUAGUAAUUCCACUAAAGACUGUGAAUAUUCAAAUUCAGUAGAAGUUUCUGAUGAGAAACUUUCAUCUUACAAUAGUGUACUCAGUUAUGGACCACCUUCGGGCAGCAGUGCACCACCUAGUGUCCACACUUCACUGGAUACUUAUUCACCUGGUCAACAAAGUGAUACUGUAGUAACUGAAAUAUCACCAAUUGAACGUGGGGACAAGUGGGUUCAGUUCAAAACUCCCUGCCCCAUCACCUCACUGUCUGUCUGUUCUCAUUAUGUUUGUUGUAUUGAUUCAAGAGAUUUUGUAUUCUUCAGCAAUUUUAGCCGUUUGGGAUUGAAGUGGCAGAAGCUUGAUAAUAAAGCUAGACAGGUUGUCAUGUCACAGAAUGGAGACUUGGUGUGGAAACUGUACAAAAAUACAGCUUAUGCUCUCAAACAGCCAUCUUGUAAAGGUCCCUUUGGUACUCAGUGGUUAGAAGCUGCUAAAGACGUGCAGUGUAUAGCUGUGUGUGAGUCAGCAGCAUGGACCGUCUCUCUUGAUGGCAGAGUGUACAUCCAUAAAUAUGUAACAAGAGAAAGGCCUUUCAGUACACCAGAGCAGGUUCCUUGUGUAUACAUGGCAACUCGUAUAUGUUGCUUCAGAGAGAGAGUAUGGAUUCUUACCACAACAGGAGAAGUUCUCUGGAGAUCUCAUAUUAGUGAGAAAACCCCUGAGGGAAGAAAAUGGAAUAAAGUUGAAGUACAUAAUGUUGUAGACAUAGCUCUUGGGUGCCAUGAGACUGGUUGGCUCAUAGACUCAAAAAAUACAAUACUAUUUUCAGAUGACUUCACUGAACCAAAACCUUCAUGGUGGCAGGUUUUAGUGAGUGACUAUGUUUUCCAAGAGACGACACCACUGGAACAGUUCCGAAACAAAUUGACUGAUAAUUAUCUUUGCAAUCUUCGGCCUCAGUGUACUGUAAUUGUGGCAUGUGGUGAAGACACAUUAUGGAUAUCGGAAAAAAUGGCUACUUAUGUGUAUAUGAACAAGACAGAAUUCACAGGUCAUCAGUGGAAUGGAGUGAAUAUGAGGUUAUUGUACCCAGCUAUUAAAUGGCAGAUGGUGAGUGCCGAAGGCAUACAUGAGGAUAAAGGCCAGUUGUGGUUGUUCUCACAGGAUGGCAAUCUUUAUUGCUCAUCACCAGAUCUGCUUAACUUGCAGCCUGUGGACUUGCCAAGUACUUCUCAAGUGGUGUGCCUUGCUGCCACACUGCGGGCAGCCUGGCUACUUACUGCUCAAGGGGAAGUCUUUAGUCGACAGGGGCUCAGUGAUACUUGCCAUAAUGGAUAUAAUUGGAAACGACUUGAUUUAUCACAAAUAGAUAAUGUUCGGUUCACUCAUGUGUCUUGUGGGCGAGAUGUCAUCUGGGCGUGUGAUGCACAAGGAGAUAUUUAUAUGGCAUUUGGAAUUCCUCAAUCUGUUUCAAGUUCCACGUUCUCUCCUGCAUGGAUACCAACGGAUGAAAGAACUCAUACCAAGAUUCAUUUUGUCAAAGUAUACGUUGGACCUGUAGCAGACAUGGUGUGGGCAAUUGAUGUCAGGAGGAAAGUAUAUAUUAGAAAAGACAUACUACCAAAUUUUCCUCUUGGCAGUGGUUGGGUGCUGGUCUCUGGAAUUGAUGCUGUUGCACUGAGUAUCAGUGGGACUGCUGUUUGGGCAUUGGAUCCAGGAGGCAAUGUGUACAGGCGGUAUGGCAUAUCACCUUCCAAUUAUGUUGGUGAUUACUGGAAAAGGAUACCUGGAGCUGUGAGUGCUCUUACAGCUUCUGUGAAUGAUGAUCUGUGGGCCAUUGAGAAGAAGGGGUCUCUUUUGAGGCAUCGACCAAAGACUGUAAAACUGUCAUUACAGCCACAAGAAUCAAAGAGUCAGGACUCUCAGGUGGCACCAGAUGAGGACUGGGAAGUCAUAUGACAAAAAAAGAGUGGCACUCUUAAUGCCAUUACACAGUAAUCAAACUUUCCUGAUGGAAAUGACUUUUGAAGCUGCAUCAGCUGGAUAUGGAUAUGUUCACAUAUUGUGUAUGUUUAAAUUUGUUGAGUUCCAUAACAGAAUGUAAAUUCUGUCAUGUUUUAUUUACAUUACAUUUUUGUAAGCCAGUGUAUAGCUAUUUGUUCUUUAUAUCCAUGUCAUACUUUUAAGACUAUGUUACCUUUACAUUGAUAUUAGAAUGAAGCUAAGUUGAGAUUUUCAUGAUGAUGUGUGUAUUUCACAGCAUUUUCUUUGCCACACCUUCUUUCUUCUUUGUCUGAACACAUUGUUCAGAUUAUAUUAGGGAUGAAACUAUUCCCUACUGUAUUACUAUCUCUUUUUGUGCAGUGAUGCCUGUAUUUUCCUUCCAAUUUGUCUAUAAUGAAUUUUGAGCCAAAGAAGUACAAUAGGUGGCAGUUUGUUUUAAAAUCUUGUGAAGUGUUAUAUUUUUAACAGUUAACUAAAACAUUUUGUGAGUAAAAUAUUUCAAAAUAUAUAAGCUAUGCCACCUGUAGUUUACAAAAAAAAUCCUUUCUGUACACAAUAAAGAUGAUGACUGGUAUUUUUUUAAAUAAAUAUUUGUGAUGGAAUCAGUUUUCAUCAGAAGCCAACUUAAUAACUGUGAUGCAAAAUAAAAUAAUUGGUGCAUUUAAUGAACUGUUACUAUUAUCUAAAUGUUAAGUGUGUGUUGUAAUUAUAUUGAACUACCACAGUAUGGAUACUAUUCUAUCAUAGACACAUUUUUUUAUUAUUUUUCACAGCAUUUACAGCAAAUCUUUGCAUGUCAUGUGUUUCGUUUAAUAAACCUACAGUUUCUUUUUA